GAUUGAUCCUGAUCUUGUGUCUGCUAGUACCAGUAGUGGUUCUCCGAAAAGACCGACACGAUAUUCCUGUUUUCCUUGUGAAAACAGGCAUUCAGCAUCAAAAUGGUGUUUGAAUCCCUUGUUGCGGACCUUCUGAACAGGUUCCUCGGUCCUUACGUCGAGAAUUUAGACGCUUCACAGCUAAAACUUGGCAUUUGGUCCGGUGAUGUUGUACUCCAAAACCUGUUUGUCAAGGAAGGUGCUCUGGAUGAGCUUGACCUGCCAGUGAAGAUCAAGGUUGGUAACAUUGGAAAGCUAACCCUCAAGAUCCCUUGGAAGAACAUCUAUGCUGCUCCGGUAGAGGCCACCCUUGAGGGAUUGUACAUAGUUGCAGCCCCAAAUGCUGAUAUCAAGUACAAUGCAGAGAAGGACAAGAAACAGAAGUUUGAAGCCAAGCAGAGGACCCUGCAGAGAGUGGAAGAUGCCAAGACAAAGGAAAAGGAAAAAGAUAAAGUGAAAGACCCCAAAGCAGACUCCUUUGCAGAGAAGCUAGCCAUGCAGGUAGUCAAGAAUGUCCAGGUCAAGAUACGUGAUAUUCACGUCAGGUACGAGGACAGGACAACCAAUCCCAAGGCUCCGUUUGCCCUCGGUGCUACCCUUCAGAACAUCUCCUUAGAGACAACAGAUGAGAAUUGGCUUCCGUGUGUUGUGGACCAAACAGUGCAACUUGUACACAAGAUGCUUCGACUUGAUUCGCUUGCUGUCUACUUUAACUCGGGAUCUGAUAUGUACACCACGAAAGACAGGCAAGAAAUGCUGGAUAUCAUGAAGAGUUCUAUUGGUACGGAAGGCAGUAUACCAAAGGGGUAUCAGUACUUGAUCGAGCCAAUCUCAUCACAAGCCCAGCUACGGCUCAACCCCAAACCAGAGUCCAACCUGUCUGUCCCUCAAGCCUAUGUCAAUCUGGUCAUACAAAGCAUUGGAGUGGGUGUCCGUCGCAAGCAAUACAGGGACGUGAUGCAGCUGCUUGUAUCGUUUGAACGAAUGACUCGCAAUGAACCGUUCAGGAAGUACAAACCAGAUGUUCCUCUUCAUGGCCAUGCCAAAGAAUGGUGGCACUAUGCUCAGAACAGCAUCUUGGAGGAAACUGUGCGACGGAGACAUCGUAUGUGGUCGUGGGCUCACAUCAGCAAGCAUCGUAAGCUGGUCAAGCAUUACAUCAACCUGUAUGUGGACAAACUGGACACCAACAAACCUUCCAAGGACUUGCUGAAGAAGCUUGAGGACAUGGAGAAGGAACUAGAUGUGUUCAACAUCACCCUGAGCCGACAGCAGGCUGAGGUAGAGUUCAAGAAGAGAGGACUGAAGAAGAAGAAGGAGAAAGCAGAAAGCGGAGGAUGGUUUGGAGGAUUGUGGGGAGGAAAGAAGAAAGAUCAGAAGAAGCAAGCAGAAGAGGAUGACUUAGCAUCUAUGGCUAACAAAUUCCAGGAUGCCAUGACCGAGGAAGAGAAAGCCAAGCUCUACGCAGCCAUCGGAUUCAGUGAGACUUCAGUCAAUACUACACUACCCAAAGAUUAUGUUGGAAUAGAUGCCAACUUCAAGCUGCUAGAAACCAGUGUGAAGCUCUUUGAAGAUGAUGAUGAAUUACAGAUCUUGAACCUUGCUGUCACAGACCUAGGAGCAGUCUUCAAACAAAGGCCAGCAGCCGAAGCCAUCAAGCUUGAUUUACAGCUCGGCGAGUUCAGCGUCCUUGGGGCACCCACCAAUGGACAGCGCCCUCAGAUGGUAGAGUCACAGGUCACUCUUGAAGACGAGAAGGUCUCUGAGGUCAGUCUUCAGUUUGAGACCAACCCUAUGGACGGCAAGGCUGAUCAGCGCAUUACUCUACGGACCCAACCUCUCAAGGUUGUCUAUGAUGCGCAUACAAUCAACAGUAUAGCUGCUUUCUUCAAACCUCCACAAGACGUGCACCUGGAUGAGCUUUCUGCAGCUGCUAUGUCCAACCUGACAGAACUGAGCGACACCUCAACCACGGGUCUCCAGUUCAUGGUAGACAACAAGCAGAUCCUGGAUAUCAAUGUGGAUGUCAAGUCUACCUAUGUCAUCAUCCCAGAGAAUGGUGUCUUUGAUGGCUCAGGAUCAGUGCUCGUUGUGGACCUUGGAAAUGUGAAAAUGACAACAGAGAGUGAGGAGAGACAUGUAGGAGAAAGAACUGAGAAUGAAACACUUGAGGAACUCAAGCGCAAGGCCUACGAUCGCUUCAACCUUGACAUUCAAGAUGUUCAGGUCAUCUUUGCUCCAAAAGGUGAAGAUUGGCAGGCUAUACGUAAGCAGCAUGGAUCGUCACCCUUGCAUCUCCUUCAGCCGAUGGAUCUUCAUAUCUCACUACAGAAAUGCAUGGUGGAGGAUGCUAGACUUCCCAAGAUGAAAGUGAAGGGUGAACUACCUGAUGUAUCAAUCGAUCUAUCAGACCACAAGCUGAAGGAGAUACUGGCCCUGGCAACCAGUAUACCGCUACCUGAGAGUGAUGAACCAGAAGCACCUGCUGCUCAAAGAGGCCCCAAGGGUAGCGCAGGAGCAGGAGCAGCAAGGGGAGGCCAGGAGGGUGCGACAGCCUCCGUAAGUGUGGUCAAGGCGCUUGUGUCUUUGGAGGAAUCGGAUGGUUAUGAGACGGCGAGUGAAUGGUGGACAGAGAGUGAGACCUAUGCUGUAGGGAGAGGCGUGUCGGACAGCAAACUCAUUGCCGUGGCAGGAGACGAUAGUGACGAUGAGUUUUUAUCGGCAGACGAGGGAUCAAGUCCCUCGCUGCUAUCCAAGAAGAAACAGGCCAUACAACGCCAGCAGAGUACCAGCGUCUACUUGAGAUCAGACGUGGAGCUCCAAUUUGAACUAAAGAGAGUUACCUUGAACCUAGGCCAGCGAGAGGCUGAUGGAUCCGAGAGCCCUGUUCUUGGUGUAGCUAUCCAUUCCUUAGGAGCUAAGGUCCAAGUCAGACCUCUAGACAUGGAUGUAGAGCUGUCCCUAGGGAGUAUAGCAGCUCAGCAUCACAAGUUCCAAGUACCUGGAUCUGAAGAGUUGUACCUGGUAAGAACACCAGCCUAUGAUGAGAAAGCUGAAAGGCUCUUGUCUGUCAAAUAUCAUAAGAUUGACAAGAACAACCCUGAGUUUGCCACCACCUACAAGUCUACUGAGCAGAUGAUCACAGCUCACUUCACCACCCUCGAGGUGGUAGCUCACUGUGAGGCCAUCCUGGAUAUCACAGAGUUUGCCGACACCCUGGUGGCUAGUCUGGACCAGUCUGGCAAGACACCGGCAGUGGAGGAUGGACACGUAGAGGAUGAAGGGUACAUCAGUGAAGAUGAUAAGAAACCGGAACGCAAGCGAACCAAGGGAGUGAAGCCCACUGAUGUCAUUGAUGUCCAAGUUGUAGCUACUCUUGAUACCAUCGCUCUAGUAGUAUGCACCCAGGAGGCUAGUCUUACAGAGGUCGCUGUUAAAGGAUUGGAGGCUAAUGUGACUGUUCAGAAGCACAAGACUUGUGUGAACGCCUGUCUCCAGGAGAUCACUGUAGUUGAUCCUACACCAGAUGCUCUUCAUCCCAGGAUUCUGUCUACCUUAGAUAAGGAGGUGUUCAAGAUGGCCCUCACCCUCUACAACCAUGCUACAGUAGGUGACCUGUACUCAGACAUGGAGGCAGUUGAUAUGAGAAUGGGAUUAAAGGUGGGAUGUAUCAGAGCUGUCUUCCUCAAUAAGUUUGUCAACAAUCUAUUGGGUUUUGUUGAUCACUUCAACCGUGCCAAGGCGCUUGCAGCAGAGGCUGGUGCCAACGCAGCAUCUGCAGCCCAACAGGCAGCAGAGGACAUCAACGCUAAGGCCCCACGCAUCGCCAUGGACAUCGUCGUCAAGGCACCCGUCAUCGUCAUCCCUAGUAACUCCACAUCAGAGACAGGAAUGGUUGCUGACUUCGGUCAGUUGAGUGUCAAGAAUUCCUUCAGGAUCGUAGCAGGAUCUGAGAAGCUUGAGAAUCCAGCUGUGAUAGAUACCAUGCAUGUGGCUUUGGAGUCCAUGCAGCUGUCUAGAUCUAUCAUCCAGAAAGAGGUCGUGAAAUCGGAUGUACUUAUCCUGCAUCCCAUGUGUCUACACGUCAACCUGGCCAGGAACCUUUCAGUGGCCUGGUACCAUGAUGCUCCGGCUAUAGCAGUCUCAGGAAAACUUGAUGCAAUUCAGAUCUCCAUGGCAACUGAUGAUUUUGGCAUCGUGAUGUCGGUCCUGAAUGAGAAUCUACAGGAAGGUCAGCCGGAGAGUAAGCCAUCUGUCAAGCCUGUAGAAGGAGCAGGGGAUGCACCUGCAGCCGAGGGUGGGCCACCAAAAGAUAGUGCAGCUACAGAAACAACUGCAGCAGAAGUCACACCUAGUGGUAAGCCAGAAGAAGAGAAACCUGCUGAAGAGCCCUGGGUACAGGUCAAGGCUGAUUUUGAGAUGGAGAAGAUUGGUGUCUCACUCUACACAGGGACGCAUGACCUGACUCUACUGAGUGGACGACAAGAAAGGCAAGACAAGGACACCCUGGGGCACUUCGCUGUGUGUCAGUUGAUUGUAGGAGCUACAGUCAUGUCAGACCAGGCUGUAGAGGCUAAGACUAAGCUUGGAGACAUCCUCCUCAAUGAUAUGAGGUCCAACAAUCCUAAUGCCAUCACUAGAAUGAUUUACAGAUAUGGGGAGACAGAUGAGAACAUUGUGGAUGUGGACUUCAAGAUGUCAGCCAAGAAAGCCAUCAUUUUGGAUGCAAUCCUGCGCAACCUGCGCGCCUGCAUCUGCACCGAGUUCCUGGUGACUUGUGCAGAGAUCUUCACCAAGGCUCUUCCAGCAGAUGCUCAGGGUACAAAGUCUGGCACCAGUAUAGCAGCCAAGCCGUCUACCACCAGUCAAGCCUCUGCUGCUGCAGCAGCUCCUGCUGAAGAAGGGACCAAGAAUGAUAUGCAGAUCAAGGCCAUCCUGCAGAAUCCUGAGAUCAUCCUGGUGGCCGACUCCAGCACUAAGGACACCAAUGCUCUCAUCCUGCAGGCAUCAGGUGAGGUGAACCUGAUCCAAUCUGAUGGUACCAUGAAGAUGACCGGAGGACUACCUAUGCUUAGGAUUGAUGCUUGUCCAUUCAAGGAAGAGCUCAGGAAAGGAAGAACUAGCAAGGUUCUUGUGCCAUGCCACAUUGACUUCCACCUGAGCUCUCCUGAAGGUCAGGGGCAGAGGAUCUCAGUAGACCUCCCAGAGCUGGUACUCAAUAUCUCACCAGAAACAGUCAAGAUUCUCUCUGCUGUGGCUCAAACUGUUUCCCCCUCUAAGGCUGAAGAAAUGGAAGAGAAGAAGAAGGCUGUUGAUAUGUCGGAUGUUUGGGAUGUGAAACAUCUCAAAACAAGCGAUUUCUGGUUCCUCCAUCAAGAUGAAGGUGCUGACGUAGAUGACUUCACACUGCCUCUGGUCCCCGUAGUGCCCCCUCCCCAGCAGGUGGAGGAGCUAGUAGCCAACAUUAAGACCAUUGUAGUGAAGAUAGAGGCUGCCAGUGGACGCCGCUUUGUCCCUAUGCUCAUUCUAGAGGCCAGCAUGCAUGCCAUCGUCAAGGAUUGGUCCUCACGGUUGUAUGUUGAGAGCCACAUGAAGCUGGAAGUUUCAACGUACAACGAGAAGGUUGCAGCAUGGGAGCCAUUGAUCGAGUCCAUUGAGCAGGCUAAUGAGAAGUACAUCCCAUGGAGUCUCUCUGUCAACGUGGUCAAGAAUGAUGACCUGCUGGAUGCCGGCUCAACUACCGUCUCAUCAGAAGAUGAGGACAGUGAUAAUGUGAGCCUUGCCCCUCCAGCCAUGACUGUCACUGUGUCUGCAGAAGAAACACUUCAGAUGACCGUCACAAAGACAUCACUGGCACUCUUCAAUAAACUAGGACAGGUGUUUGGUCAAGCGAUGGCCGAACCAACAACAUCAUUGAAGGACACCGAUGUCAUCCCAGCUUGCACUGUAACCAACCAAACAGGAGUAGCCAUUACUGUCAAACCUGGUUCAUACUAUCAGAGACCCAAGACUGGAGAUGUAGCUUCUGUCAAGCACACAGAGAGCAUUGAUUUGGAUGUAUCAGAGAAGGUCAGAGCAAGCAAGAAGAUGGCCGUGGUCAACAAAUCACCCAUCUCACCCUCCGAUAUGGAACUGUCUAUUCAGGUUGAGGGGUAUGAGGAGCUCCACCAUAUCCCGAUAGUACAGGCAGGGAACGUCCUCUACAACCUACAACCAAUCAAGAAGUCAUCGGAGAAGGUCUUCUCUAUCACCCUAGAGAUCAAGGCGACCCUUGACAUGAGAAAGGUCAUUGUCAGGUCUCCACUUCAGAUUUUCAAUCACUUUGACAAACCAGUUGACAUCUACACCAGAGACUCUACCAUUGUGAAGAAGCUUGGUGAAGUCCAACCCAAUGAGAGUUAUGUAGUACCCCUUCAUGUCGCUCACACCCAGGAACUACUCGCUAAACCAGUGGAUGACAGCCAUCUGAUGUGUGACCAGCCUAUAUUGUAUGAGAAUCUAUGGAAAGAGAAGAUGGCUGCUGGUAAGAAACAGGUCACAUUCAGGUGCCCUGCCAAGGUUGAUGGAUACACACCACUCUUCUUCAAUGUUCAAAUUCUGGAGGAUGCUUUGUUAGAUGUCAAAGGAACAUCGCUUCAUUCUCCCAAGUAUAACAUCCAUCUUCACCCAGUAGUAUCUCUCCGGAAUCUCCUUCCAAUCCCCAUCUACUACACACUACAGGGUUCGGCAGAUGAAGUGAAGAUUGAGCCAUGUGAGCAGAGCAAGAUGUUCAAUGUGGAACUUGCCAAGACCAUGAUGUUUGUCAGGAUUGCCGACUACAAUGGCAUGGAAUGGCGUGGGGAGAUGACCCUUCGUACCACCCUCCAGGAGUACUCUCAGCUUGGAUUCAGAGCUGGUAACAAGUGGACAGAGGCUGGUGUCUGGUAUGACUACAGUCAGGGAUUCAUUGAUAUGGCCAUGUUUGUACCCUACACACUCAUCAACAAGACUGGACUACCCAUUGCCUACAAGGGAGGAGGAGAGGAACAGAUAGAGCAUCCAGCUGAUAAAGAGAGUCCCAUCUUCUUCUCCUAUCCAUCCAAGGCCUUCAGCCCUGGCAAGAACAAGAUCCAGCUGAAAGUUGGAGAAUCACAAUGGUCAGACAAAUUCUCACUGGACACAGUGGGAAGUUCUGGCUUCAUUUCAUGCAAGAUGUCCAAACAGGACUAUGAGGUAUUAGGACUUAUGCUUGCUCAGGGAAGUGGCAUACGACGACCAAAAAAAUACAAUAUCAGUGUCCAGAUUCAGCUGAGUAACUUAGGUUUCUCCAAGGUGGUGAUGUUCACACCUAGAUAUCUUCUGGUCAACCAAACCAACUAUGAUAUCUGCUGUUCCGAACCACAGGGAACAUUCAAAGAUGUGGCUGUCGGACAGUGUGUACCUUUUUGGCCUGUGGACAAGAAAGAGAAUGACAAGCUGGUGGUGAUGAAGAAAGACGGGACAGAGACAUCUCUUCCAUUUAACUUCACAGAACCACAGACUACAGUACUCAGACUUCCAGAGAUUGGUGGUAUCAUUGUCGAGAGCCAGGUAACAGAGACAGCUACAGUCAUCGCUUUCAAAUCCUUUGCUGUGGGUCACUUCACUACCCAACUGGUCAACCAUACACAAGAUGUUCCUAUUACAUUCACACAGUUUGGAAUUGAAGAUAAGAUGUUCCUAGCCCCAAGGGAGAUGGCUGUAUACACAUGGCAAAACCCUACAGGCAAGCGACAACUUGUAUGGACAGUGGAUGGCAAAGAUAGCAAGACUGAUCUCAAGAAGAAAGCAUGUCAUACUACUUGUACCAUAUCAGAUGGGAUUGGAGAAGUGAAGCAAGCAAACAACAAGCUGCUGUACUGGGUGUCUUUCUUGAAUGGAACCGGGAGAGUAAUCCUCUUCACUGAAGAUCUAGCUAUUGCUACCAAAGCACAGCAGGCUGCAGAGUUAGAACAGCCUGAUUUGGAGUUGGUAGUCUCUCUUCCAGGCAUUGGUCUUUCGCUUGUCAACAACAUCUCUAGGACAGAGGUAGCCUAUAUUGGUCUCAUCAGCUCCGGGAUCAUCUGGCAGAACAAGGUCCGUCGCCGAUACAAGGAUCUGAGCGUGAGGGAGAUGAAGAGCUUAGAAGAAGGUUUUGUGAAGGCAGGAUUAGAUGCUAGUGAUCAGAAGGAUCUACCACCCAAAGUAUACAAACUAGACCAUGGCAUGGAGGUUGACUAUGGACGUAUGCUGAUGCUAGCUCCCAAAAAGCAGCAGCUGAGACGUACCUACCACUCCGGUAUCUGGGCCCAGGUUCGUACCUCCAGCCAUCAACUCCAGCUCCAUCUCACCAUCAACAGGCUCCAGGUGGAUAAUCAGAUGCCUGCUGCUAUCUUCCCCACCCCAGUGGUUCCUGUAGCCCUCCCCAAGACCGUGGCAGCUGAAAAUGCACCCAAGCAGCUUCUAGAGUUCAGCAUGAUGGUGCGUUUCUCAGAGCACAGCUCGGUCAAACAGAUCAAGUACCUCAAGCUCUUGGUCCAAGAGAUGGCGGUCAAGCUAGACAUGGGAUUCCUGGCCAAUGUAGCGGCCAUCUUUCAGUCGGAUGAGGAACUAGUCAUUGAUAGGGUUGCUCUGCUAGAGUUGGAUAAGGAGCUGGUACGAUUAGAGUUAGCUGACGCUGAGUAUGUCAAGGUGGCAUUGGCUAAAGACUUCAACUUCUAUGACUCCUUCCAUCUCUCUCCACUCAAGAUCCAUGUGAGCUUCUCCCUAUCUGAGACCGGUAAGGAGGACAAGUCUCUGCUGAGUGCUCGGGCCAACGCUCGUCAGAACGCCCUCAAUCUCCUGCUGCAGAGUGUCGGGGUCACCUUGACCAAUGUGGAUGAUGUCAUCUUCAAGCUUGGUUUCUUUGAGAGAGAGUACCAGUUCUACAGCCCAGAGCAGCUAUCAUCGGAGGUAAUACGUCAUUACUCCAACCAGGCCAUCAAACAGCUCUAUGUACUUGUGCUUGGUCUUGAUGUGAUUGGCAAUCCAUUUGGUUUUGUCAGGGGAGUAGGGACAGGUGUCAAGGAUCUCUUCUAUGAACCUUACCAGGGUAUCGUGCAAGGUCCAGAGGAGUUUGCUGAGGGGGUAGCUCUAGGCAUGAGGAGUCUCUUUGGUCAUGCAGUUGGUGGAGCAGCAGGGGCUGUAUCUCGCAUCACAGGAACACUGGGGAAAGGACUGGCAGCACUCACCAUGGAUGAAGACUACAAGCGUAAGAGACAACAAGCUAUCAACCAAAGACCUGCUACAUUCCAAGAGGGUCUAGCCAGAGGUGGCAAGGGGCUAGUUAUGGGUUUCUAUGAAGGUGUGAGUGGUGUGGUGAAGAAUCCAUUUGAAGGGGCCAAGAAGGAAGGUGCGAAGGGCUUCUUCAAGGGUGUAGGCAAGGGUCUAGCUGGGGUAGUAGCCAAGCCUACUGGAGGUAUCAUUGACUUUGCCAGCGGUACCUUUGAAGGUAUCAGAAGGGUUGUAGAAUCCGAGGUAGAGAUCCACAAGCUGCGUGAGCCUCGCUACAUCGGUGCUGACGGUAUCAUCAGGGCGUACAACAAGUCUAUGGCUCUGGGCAACUCUCUCCUUCUACAGGUGGACAAAGGGAAGUAUGCUCACACAGAGGACUAUGUUGCUCACAUGCAGGUCACCGCAGACAAGAAGAACUACAUCCUAGCUACAGACAAACGUGUGAUCUACACAUCUCGUGGAGAAAUGCUUGGCCAGUGGGACGUCGAUUUUGAAUUCAUGUACAUCAACCUCAAGGAACUACCCAAAGUCACUGAAAAGGGUAUUCUCAUUGAACCAAAGGAGAAGGAAGCACCUAAAAAGGGUCCACUUGGUCGAGGGUUUGGACGAGGCUUAGGAAGUCUGCUCAAGGGCAAACAAGGAUCUGGCAAGAUGGUUCACAUCCUAGAUCAGAAGACUGCUGAGGUGUUUGUAUCCAAGCUUCAUUUUGCCAUAGCAAAGGCAACCAACGCGGUAUGAGCUACCAAGUCCAGUCAGCCCAUAGGGAGUGAGUGUACAGCAAGCUCUAUAUUUUGCACCUACAAUAUUAUCAUGAGUACAUGCUAAGUGGUAUGUUUUGUUACUGUUUGGAUAGCUUAACAUGUACAUACCUGUAGUUCUUUCAUAAUUGAUGUUUUUGUUAGUAUGUAAGGUUUAGUGGUUAGUCGUUAUAUAAUUUUGAUUUCUCAUGCAAUUAGUAAUGUACUAUAUUUGACCACUGUGAUUGCCUAAUUCUUAAAAUAAAGGCUUAUAAUCUGAGUUGUAAAGCAAGAGAAAGAAAGGGUGUUUUGUGUCCCAGUCAGUUAGACUGCAAUUAUUUUAUUCCAGACUUCUACAUUUUAUUUUUCCUUUUUUCUUCUGUGCUCAUUAAUGCUUGCCACAUUGUGUACCAAUUUCUAGCAUACUAGCUGGUGAAAUGGAAAAUAGGUAGUACAUUGCUUUUGUCUACCAUGUGUUGAGGCUUGCAUUUGAUUUGAAGGAAUGAUAGUUUAAUGUGAAGAUACUUUCAAUGGCUUCGAAUGUAAUUGAGAGUCGGGUUGUAUUGUAACCUUGGACUGCAAGGUACCCUGUAUUUACACGAUGGUAUUUGAUAAUGUUUCUGAAUUUUAGAACGAGUCCUAUGUCUCUCAUGGUGGUUUCAUCUUUUAUAAUUAAUUUCAGUGAUUUUUCUUUUCCUGAGUUCUUGCCUUCCAAAUAUUUUAUUACCUGUGACAAAGUACUGAAAGUACUCAUUAUAGAGAAAUUAUUUUGCAAUUCUAACAAUGGUUCUGAAAUUUUGGUAACAAAUAUAUGAGAGAUAAUCAGAGAAGUCCCAUAAAUAGGCAAUAUUAUCGGAGUUGAAAUUGGCAUAUGAUGCCAUCAUGAGAUGUUAUAAUUUUAGAAAGUUUGAAACAAUAACAAAAAUUAAAAUCUGUUUGAGGCUGAAACUCAAAACUCAACAGUACUAACAACUAUAAAAUGGUACAAUAUUCCACUUUCAAAGUGAAUGGCUAUUUUUUUUUACUUUAACAAAAGGGUGUGAGAAUAACUCAUGAAUGACAUGUGUAUGAUUAAAGAUGAUGGAUCAAUUUGUGAAUAUAUAAUUCUCUUACUAUGUACAGUCAGUCAUGUAUCCUCAUUAAUUUAGUAAGGAUUAAGUAAGUGUGAUAUAACAAUGAUGUUCCUCUGCUGAAAAUGUAAUGUAUAAGGGAAAGGUGUACCGUAAUUGAUUUCAUCUGUCUAACACUAAUCUGUAAAUUCUUCAGUUUAAACACUUUAGAAAUGUGUACCAGUAGAUGGAAUGUGCACACAAAAAUGAUACUGUAUGUAAAAUGUAGUGAACAGAUCGAAGAAUUGAAGGGAAAAAAAACAUUUCCCUCCCUUUCUCUUCUGUUUUGAUUCAUGUACAGAUUUGUAUGAGGGCACAACACGAUCCCAAAAUUUACUUUGGCAUAUUGUUAGCUUGCUUCUUUUAAAAUUGUAAAAUUUGUUUUCUUUCUGCUCGUAAUACUAGGUGUAAUAUUUGUAUGUCUUUUGUAUCAUGAAUGGUCAUGAUCAUGUUUUUGUUUUUCAUUUUGUUUAAAUAUGAAUUGUGAUCAUUUGUUUUAUGUUUUCUCUGAAAUAUUUGUUUGUUCUUGACCAACUUUUUAGGAUUAGAUCAUUAAAUUUUUCUCAGCAUAUUCAAUAUGAAAUUCUUCAUCAUCUGAUAUAAUCAAUUUCUUACAGCACUUUUCAAAAGGCUCUAUAAUCAGCCCUGUAAAUAAGAAAGGGUACUGUAUGAAUGGGUAUAAUCUUGGAAGUGUAAAAGUGGAUGUGCAAUAAUGUUGCAUCCAGGAAAUACUAAGAGAUGUUAAAGGUAUAAUAGUUAUAAUUUUGAAUGCACAACAUACUAAUCCACUUUGUGCAACAUAAUGAAUGGCAUUUUUGCAUUCAUAAAUACAUUGAUAUAUUCACAAUUCACAUUUAAUAAUUUCAUCAUAUAGGUUUAAGGAAUGUAAGGAACCAAAUCUAGAAUUGCAUUUAGUAUCAGUGAUUCUGAUUUCUAAUACAUUCCUAAUUUUAAGUAAAUUUGAUUUCAUAUGAUUGUUAAUAGAACACAAUUUUGCUGUAAGCUGGCAAUUAAAAAUAAUGACAUUUUGUAUAUCUUGUUUAAAGACAGUCAAGUUCAAAGGACUUGCUAUAAAGCAAUUUGAAUAUAAUGGAAAGGUGGGAUAAAUGAGGUGUUGCAGUGAUGUGCAAUUUUUUAAAUUUGAAAUUGCUGUUGUUUUAUUUUGUAAAGUAAGUUUAUUUGCAAACUCCUGAAAUGUAUUUUCACUAUGAAAGACAUUGUAUGGGGUUGGAAAGGUUGAUAAGGUGGGACAAAAAUGAUGUGAUUGAUCCCAAACCCUGAAACUUUCAUGCUAGAAGUUACAUUUAAUGUUCGCUGUUAGGAUUUACUAUUCGUUGCGGUGAUUAAUAUCUUUUGUUGUCGAUUUGCGCAAGUCUAAUGGAUGGCAUUCUUUCUUGAAAUAGAAUUCAAAGAUAAAGGUUUUUAUUCCUGUAGGAAUUUCAAAAGGAGAACGGUGUAUUUAAAGGAGAAAAUAAAAAGGCUAGCUGAAUAGGGAACCCUAAUGUCUUUUGUCUCUUAAAGCUUUUUACUGGCAUGUGUGAUUAUCGAUUUGGUUUAGGACGGACUAAAUCGAUGCACCAAGAGAAAAGCAUUUUCAAAAUACCAUGAUCUAUUCUUGAAUGACACUGUUAUUUCAAGUAAUGAAUAGAUGCACUGUUCUUAUUGCUUUUCAAUGGGGAAGAGAAUUUCAGUAAAAACAAAGGAAUAUGUAUGUCAUUUCAAUUUUCAGAGGAAAAUAAAACAUUGCACAUGUAUUGAUGAAUUCAAA